UAAACUCUUUCCCCCCUCAUAAAGUCCUUUCUUUUUAUUUUUGUUUAUUUUCUUUUAUUUGUCAAAAGCUAUAAUUAAUUAAGUUACAAAUAAGAAAUAAAUUCGAGUGACAGAGAAAAUCCAAACCCACAAACUAAUAAGCUGACCAAUAAAAAAUGCAGCCUUAUAUUUCUCCUGAUUUGCUUUACUCAUUUCCCUCAUCAAUCUCUCUCUCUCUCUCUCUCUCUCUCUCUCCCCUCCCUUAUUUGCCAACUUCUUCUUCCUCUUCAACUCCGCCACCAUAACCCCUCUCUCUCUCUACUUUCUCUCUCUCCUCCAUGACAGCAAACAUUACUCUCCAAUCCAUACACCAUUCCCUCCCCAAGCGCCAAUACCUCUCAGCUGACCCUCCUCCUUUCACUUUCUCUUCCUCACUUUCCCUCAAACCAAACACCCCAACCACAACUUCUUUCUCUCACUGCUCUCUCUCCACAACCACCACCACCACCUUUUCUCUCUCCUCCACCACUUCUUCCGUCUCACCUUCAACCUCCUUCGAAUCCAUAUCAUUCGACACCCUCCAACACCAACUCUCCACCCAAGACUUCCGGCAAGCCGACGAGGAAACCCGCCGCCUUCUCAUCGUCCUGGCCGGAGAAGCAGCUCAGAGACGCGGCUACAUCUUCUUCUCGGAGGUGAAAUUCAUAGCGGAAUCCGAUCUCAAAGCCAUCGACGAGCUCUGGAGACGCCACAGCAACAGCAGGUUCGGGUACAGCGUUCAGAAGAAGAUUUUGGAGAAAGUGGGUGCGGAUUUCACAAGGUUUUUCAUCAAAGUUGGGUGGAUGAAGAAGCUCGAUCAGACAGAGGUCGAGCAGUACAAUUACAAGUCAUUUCCUAAUGAGUUUGUUUGGGAGCUCGAUGAUGACACCCCUGAAGGCCAUCUGCCAUUGACGAAUGCUCUCAGAGGUACUCAGUUGCUUAACAAUAUCCUUAACCAUCGAGCUUUCAUAGCCACUGAAGAAGAAGAAGAAGUAGAAGACAAAUAUGGAGGUUUGAAGGGUUUUAAAGAUGCCACAAAACCUAUGAACAAAACAGGUCACAAACCAGACUAUAGCUUUUGAGGGGUUUUUUAUUUUAUUUUAUUGUGUAUAUAUAUAUACAUAUAUAUAAAAGAACUAACCCGGUAGGCACUAUUAUACAAAUGAAAUUGAGAUUUGGGUUUCCUUUUU